AUGCUUUUUCCUUUUGGCACGAGCCACUCUUUUGACCCUAGAAAAGAUAUUCCAAGUCUUUCUGGACGGGUCAUUCUGGUGACUGGGGGCAACAAUGGUCUUGGGAAAGAAACCAUAAAGCAAUUGGCGAUGCACAAUCCCAAAAUAUACAUGGGUGGUCGCAAUGCUGGGAGAGCAGAAGAAGCAAUUCUUGAUAUUAAGCGAGAACUCCCUUCCGCGGACAUCGCUUUUCUGGAAAUGGAUCUUGCGUCUUUUGCCUCCAUCAAACACGCGGCUGAAUCAUUCCUGUCCACAAAUGACCGUCUCGAUAUCCUCAUUAACAACGCCGGUGUCUUUGCUUCUCCCCCGGGUUUGACCGAAGAUGGAUAUGAGGUCCAAUUUGGCACGAAUUACAUGGGUUCGGCACUACUCACUCGACUGCUUCUGCCGAUCCUCACCAAGACCGCUGGUACCGGGGCUGAUGUUCGUGUCGUGAACAUUAGCUCCGAGAUAUAUCGAAACGCUCCCAAAGCCGGUUUACUUCUCAACCAGGUCAAGACACCCCUUACCGAGAUUAGCACUGUCGCCCGUUAUGCUCACUCAAAGCUCGCCAACAUAUACAAUGCAAAAUCUCUCGCCCAACAUUUCACCAAUAUUAAGUCGGUUGCUCUACACCCAGGGCUUGUCCGGACGAACAUCGGGGGUGGCAUGACAGCCAACCGGAUUCUGUCAUUCAUAUUUCAACUAGUCACCUCAGUGGCUUCCGUGGAUGUUUCUACAGGCGCGCUCAAUCAGGUAUGGGCAAGUGCCGCUGAUCCUGCUGAAGUGAAGAGCGGAGCGUAUUAUAUCCCCUUCUUCAAAGAAGUGAAAAGGAUAGGCAUCGAGAGUGACAUGGAAAAAGCGGAAGAAUUGUGGCGAUGGACAGAGCAAGAGUUCAAAGAACAUGGCUUUUAG